UUACUAGGACAGCAUGCUCCAAUACAAACUAAAUUAGAACGGUAAAUUAUCUACAUAAUAGGGUUGUUUCAGCUAACGUUUUUAUUCACCUUAACAUCAUAUGAUAUAAGCUCAGCUAUGAUCAGGAUUUUAAGCCUGUAUUGUAUGUGUGUUGUGUCUGGGGCGAUGUUGUUUGGAGGACCAUGUGACUUGUCACCCGUUUACGAAUCAGGGAUUCCUCACGAUCCUAACUGGUCCUCCAAAAUAUCAGUGCCAAGAUCCUGCACGAAUGGCACAUUUCGCUGGGACUACCCGAGAGGACAUGUGGCCCUGCUUUUUGAGAACUUCGGGAGGGCGACCGCAGCUUGCUUUCGGGAUUCCCUCGGAGGCGAAGCAUUCAGCAUUACUGACGUCACUUCCGGGCAUCAUAUGACGCAGCUUCCUAGGCUGGUGCGUGGCAGCGACAAGAUCGUGUGUACAGCCGCCUCCCAUGGACAACCUCUCAACAUACGUGUAGACGCUCCAGAGGAUAUAGUGUACAUGGGGGAGUUUGCAUACUUCCUUCAGUUUUCUUGAGAAAAUGCCUGUGAAUAAAUAUUUAGUUUUCUGA